AAGAGCAGUCUGAACCUGGGACCCAAGGCAGACCUAGAAAGGACGCAGAGGGAAAGGAAGGUGUGUGGCCACGGAAAGCAAGAGCGGGCGCAGAGGUCCUUCAGGGAGGAGGGAACUGCCAUGGACCGAAAGGAAUGCAGUCACUCUGCAGGACCAUAUACAAAGAGUCAACAAGCUCAACAUGCCGGAGGAUCAGAGCUGAGAGUCAUUCUGGUGGGCAAAACAGGAACCGGCAAAAGUGCUACGGGGAACAGCAUCCUCGGGAAGGAAGCAUUUGAGUCCAGGCCGAGUGCCCAGUCCUUGACGAAGACUUGCAGUAAAAGUCGGGGAAGCUGGGGAGACAGAGAGAUGGUUGUCAUUGACACACCAGACAUGUUUUCUGGGAAGGGCCCCUCUGAAUCCCUGUACAAAGAGGUACAGAAGUGCUACUUACUCUCCGCACCAGGACCUCACGUGCUGCUCCUGGUGACACAGCUGGGCCGAUUCACCACGGAGGACCAGCAGGCUGUGCAGAAGGUGAAGGAGAUCUUUGGAGAGGAUGCCAUGAGACACACAAUUGUCCUCUUCACCCACAAGGAAGACCUCAAGGGAGGCUCCUUGAUGGAUUACAUCCAUGGCUCAGAUAACAAAGCCCUAAGCGAGCUGGUGGCUGCGUGUGGGGGGCGAGUGUGUGCCUUUAGUAACCGUGCUAAAGGGAGCAAUCGGGAUGACCAGGUGAAGGAGCUAAUGGACUUAACUGAGAGCCUAGUGAUGGCGAAGAGGGGUGGCCACUACAGCAAUAGGCUGUACAGCCUAGUAACAGGGUCAGAAUGUGCAACUGUGCAGUCAGAGGAAAGAUUACAGGACUUCAAAGAGAGCUUUGUAAAGUACACGGAAAUUCAGAGACGUUCAGCCAUGGCCAAAGCCCUAAUCCUAAUAGUGAUGUGUAUUCAGGUGUUUGUCAGAUUGCAAACUCUGUUAUUUCGUGUCUUGCACGGAAUGUGCAAUUUCUUUUACCGCUUACUGUUUACCAUGUGCCAUUUAUUCUGUCGCUUACUGUUAAUUAUACCCCAAAAAUUAAUGGUAAUUUUUAGAAAGACCAUUAGACGGGAAUGCAAGACUCCUAUAUUAUAGUUACAAUUAGUGGUUCUCUAUCCACUGUCAUUUAGUGGGUGAAUCACACACUGUACCUCCCUGUAGAACACAGUGCCUGACAGCACCAAACGUUUGAGAUUCUGUGAAGUGCUUAAAUCUUAACAUCAUUCUAUUUGUCAGUAAACCAAAUGAUUUUAAAAGUUACUGUUUGUAUUGAAAUAUAGCUUUUAAAACUUUUAAACAUAAAAUUCCUCUCAUUUGCAAAUCUCUAAAGUCAGUUUUAGGUCCCUAAAAACUCCUUUUCUUCUUUAUACUUACUAUUUCUACUGAAUAUAACAAAAAUAACAAUAAAAUUUCUACUGGGUACAGUACAAUAACAAGUAAGCUGUAGAAUUCCUGAGAUCACAUGUCUUCAAUUCUGUGCUAUGGUUUUAUCUUCAGAAGAUGGUAAGUGAACACGUGGCUCAUUUCUGUAACACAACCAAUGCAUGCUCAACAAUCACACGCGGACACACUCACACAUCAAUAGUCUGUUUUAUGUGCAUCCAAUUUGCUUAACAUUGAAAGAGGCUCAGCCAGACUUUACCCCUGGUGCCCAUUCCCAGUUAGCAUUGAAACUCACACAGACGCUUACGCUUCAGACAAGAUGGUGGACUGAAUAGUUUGGAGCACCAUCCUGUUAAACGCAACUAGAAUUUUUAAAAAUAAACACAGGGCUUCCCUGGUGGCGCAGUGGUUGAGAGUCCGCCUGCCGAUGCAGGGGACACGGGUUCGUGCCCCGGUCCGGGAAGAUCCCACAUGCCGCGGAGCGGCUGGGCCCGUGAGCCAUGGCCGCUGAGCCUGCGCGUCCGGAGCCUGUGCUCCGCAACGGGAGAGGCCACAGCAGUGAGAGGCCUGCGUAGCGCAAAAAAAUAAAUAAAAUAAAAUAAACACAAUCUUUAUGACUGAUGAGCUCACUAGAAAAUUAGGAAAACUCCAAGCAUGAAGCAGACAAUACACAUAAAAAGGAUGUGGAGCUAAAAGGGGAGUUGAGAGCCAUGAGGACAGGCAAACCCAGAAGGCAAGGUUGACCUACAGACAAACGCCUACAUCAAUCCCAAGAUGAAGAAACUCAACCUUGGAUUGUUGGUAAAGUUAGAGAGCUGAUUCUGAGGUCUCUGAUCCCCAGACCCAAACCUAUAUUAAACCUUCCCUAAUAUUAUAAAUUCUAAUAUUAUAAAUUAAAUUUAAAGUAUUUUUUAACCAAAUGUAAAAUAUUCUGUUUUUUUUAUUUCUUCUUAUGCUCAUUUUUGUAUGAUGUGCUUUUCAAGGAAUUUUUCCAUUAUACUUAAGUAGUUGAAUUUAUUUGCAGAAACAUAAAAUAUUUUAUCAUCCCUUUAAUAUGUACAAGAGCUAAAUUAUUGGGUUGGCCAAAAAGUCCGUUUGGGAACCCAAUACUUGUUCCUCUUCAAAUUCUGAUAUUGGCAAUUUAUGAUUAUUUCUUUUUGUUUGAUCAGCCUGGCUAGAAGUUUAAUUUUAUAAGUUUUACAAAAAUCUAACUUUGAUUUUCUCCUUUAUAUUUUCUCUGUUCCAUGCCAUUGAGCACUUUUAAAAAUCUCUUUUGCCCAGAAUGUUUUAAUUUCAAAGAAGUUCAACUCAUCAAUUUUUUCUUUCAUAAAUCAUGCUUUUAGUGUUUUAUCUAAAAAGUCAUGACCAAACCCAAGAUCUCCUAGAUUUCCUCCAGUGUUAUCUUCUAGGAAUUUUAUAGUUUUACAUUUUACAUUUAUAUCCAUGAUCUCUUUUGAAUUGAUUCUUGUGAAAGGUAUAAGGUCUGUGACUAGAUUCUUUUUUUUUUUUUGCAUGUGGAUGUCCAGCAUCAUUUAUUGAAAAGUCUAUGCUUUUACAACCUAAGUGUCCAUCAACAGUUGAAUGGAUAAAUAAGAUGUGGCACGUAUAUACAAGGGAAUAUUACUCAGCCAUAAAAAGAAAUGAAAUUGAGUUAUUUGUAGUGAGGUGGAUGGACCUAGAGUCUGUCAUACAGAGUGAAGUAAGUCAGAAAGAGAAACACGAAUACCAUAUGUUAACACAUAUAUAUGGAAUCUAAGAAAAAAAAUGGUCAUGAAGAACCUAGGGGCAAGACGGGAAUAAAGACAUAGACCUACUAAAGAAUGGACUUGAGGAUACAGGGAGGGGGAAGGGUAAGCUGGGACAAAGUGAGAGAGAGUCAUGGACAUAUAUACACUACCAAACGUAAAAUAGAUAGCUAGUGGGAAGAAGCUGCAUA